AUGCCUCAAUCACCCGACCGAGGUAGGACGCUGUUAGUCCUCUUCAUUCUCAUAUGGGUCUUCCUGGCCCCAGAUAACGGGCCGGCCCUGAUAUCCGCACCGUCGCUCGCCACUGCUCGGCUCGCCCGCCAGCGGCAGGCUUUGGCCGUCCUUAACAGCACGAGCUGGGGAGAUUUUGCGCCUCGACCCGUCGAGAACCCGGAGCACGCGCCCCGGUUUCUGAAUCUGACGGGCUUUCGGAAAACGGACGGGUACGCUUGGCAGGACCUGGACCGGUUCAAGGACCGUUGUCGAGAGUGGAGCCGCAACGUCUUUCCGUCGCCAGCCGGUGACGACCAGUGGGAGCACAGUCCUAUCCAGACCACAUGGCAGAACGCGACGGGCACUGUGUACGGAGAGUGGGCGCGCCGCCCAGGAGCUGCUGUAAAACAGGCAGUGGGCUUCAACCUGAGCGACAUCGCCCCCGCAGUUAGCUGGCCAGAAAAACACGUCGAAUGGGCGAGGAACACGACCGGCGACCAUGGCACCAUCAUGCUGCGCCUCAUCGAAGAAGACGUGGGCGUCGAGUAUGAAGAAAAGAAGCCCGGCAUUGCACUGCAUUCGGCAAGUGUGGCGAGGGAGGUCUCGGCCCUCGUCACCAUCCAGGACAAGGCGAACCAGGCGAGCAGCUGGAAUAUGCGACUGUUUGGCGUGCACUGGCCGAGCCAGGGCUCCAUUCUCCUGACGACGACAAGCGAGAAGUUUGCCGGCAUCUUUGGGUUACCACAUCUGGCCCCCGACCGAGAGUUCUUCGAGUCGAGCCAGAGACUGCUCAACCAAACGCUGGACAAGGCGCUGCGCAAGAAGGAGAGGACGCGCUUCACCGAUACCAGCAACCCCUGGUCGUCGGUGGUCGAGGGAUCCGACGAGCCUUGGGCCCUGGCGCCGCAUUGCGAGUACGUCAUGUAUCUGCAGCUGCAGCCUCUUGACCUUCGCCAGACGGGACUAGACAGCUUGGAUGACGGGCUUGCCAAGCGGCCUACCGCAGUUGUUGACAGCUUGGAGAACGAGCUUCGCCAUCCAACGGGCGCGCCUAUCAAGGUCAUCCCAGAGCUUCGCAUGUCACUCGUAGCGUGGUCUCCCGACUGUGGAUUCUACCUCGAGUCCAAAGGGCCACCCCACUACCACCCGGCCGAUGGACAGCAUCUCGUCGGCAUGAAGGAGGAGGUUUUCAUUUAUCGCGCCAAGGUGUGGAUGCUCGCGUUUGCUGCUCUUCUCAUGGCCCAGAUCUGGCUCCUGAAGGCACAGUUGAAAGAAACAAACACGCCAUCCACCAUAGGGCGUGUCAGCUUUUACACUGCGGGCAUGAUGCUGUUGGCCGACGGCUUGGUAUUUGCAGGCGCGUCGGCGUGGAGCCUCUCGGCGACGAGCACGUUUCUCCCUUGCCUCGCCGUGACGUUCGCUGCCUUCAUGUCGAUGGUGAUAGAAGGUUCAUUCCUUUCAGAGGUCUACAAGAUCCUAGAGCAAGAACGGAGGAACCAAGAGCGGGGACGUGAGCGACAGCACAACGCCAACGCUUCUAAUGCCCCAAGGGUACCGCCGCCUCCGCCUCCGCCUCCUGUAGAGCCGCGAGAUGGCACGCUGCCUCGCCCUGUGACGGCGGGCCCUCCCCGUGCGGCUUCUCCUCCCAUCAUCAUCCCAUCCGAUCAAGAUAUUGAUGCCGAGAUUGCCGAGAACCUGGCUGCUGGCGCCGCAGCCAUUCCAACUGCAGGCGCCCUUCCGGCAGCCCCAGCCGGGACUCCGGCCAGGCCGCAAGCUCGAGUGACCACCUUCGCAUCAAUUUCCGCACGAUUCGUUCUGCUCGGCGUGAUGAUUCUUUUCCUCACUGCUGCCGCGGCGUCCUGGCCGGCGACGAUCCGCUCAGCCUACAUCAACAUGCUGGCCUUUCUCUACCUGUCGCUGUGGCUGCCUCAGAUAUGGCGCAACGUCCAGCGUAAUAGUCGUCGCGCCUUUGCUUGGCGCUUCAUGAUUGGCCAGUCAGUCCUCCGGCUGAUGCCGUUCGCAUAUUUCUACCUCCGCGAGGACAACAUCCUUUUUGCCGAGCCCGACUGGCGCGCCUUCGCCGUGCUCGCAAGUUGGCUCUGGAUCCAGCUCUGGGUCCUCGCCCUGCAGGACAUCCUGGGACCCCGCUUCGGCAUACCGCGCUCCUGGGCCCCCGAGGCCUGGGAAUACCACCCCGUCCUGCGCGAGGACAACGUCGAGGCCGGCGGCCUGCCGAUAGGCCUUGUGGGCACCUCGAGCAACCCCACAUCACCGGUAGCGGGGCGGAUGAGGUCGUGGUCCAUGGGCAGCGGCGGGGGCGAGGCCAGGGAGCGUGAGAAGGUUCGUGAGAAGCGCGGUACCUACUUGCGCUCCAUGGACUGCGCCAUCUGCAAGGAGAUCCUCGAAGUGCCAGUCGUGCGCGCCGGCGCCGAGGACCCUUCGGGCGGCGGAGUCGCUGGUGUCCUGGCCCGUCGCGCCUACAUGGUCACGCCCUGCCGCCACAUCUACCACACGAAAUGCCUCGAGGGCUGGCUACGCCACCGAUUGGUAUGUCCCAUAUGCAGAGAAGAGCUGCCGCCCCUGUGA